UAGUCCUUAAUGCAAGGCCCCCGCAGCGAAAGACGGCACACAAUCAUAAGACGUACUUGCGGUACGGGCAGGUCGUCAACCUCCUGCUCCCUUCCGCGGCGUGGAUUAAUCAGAUAUACGCGUCAAUCCGGCCUUUUCCGGUAUGGUGUGAUUUUCUCGUCGCAGGGUGGGAGGUAUCAAGAAACCUCUUCUGCCGUGCCCAGGUGCCUAGUCGACACGGUUUUGAUAGCUGGAUGUCCCGAGAGGUGGCCGGAAAGGGCAAACGGACGGCUUCAGAGUGCAAAGAGAAUUCUCGACCUGGACAAGGAGUCCCGUUGGUUCUCGCCAUAAGUACAAAUUAGAGUUGAGAAGAGCCUGGCUGCGAGGGUUCCAGUUUGUUGUACAAGGUGGUUGUGUAUAUAACUGCCUCCCCAGAGUUCCUGCCCGUUCGGUUUUCAGACACGGAGCGCCAUUUGGGCCAUUUUGACGCGAAAUCACCGCCAGGUCCACGUCGAGGUCUCCUCCAUUGCAUCCAAAGAAAAGAAAACAGUACAUAACAUGGCGACGACGAUGAAGGCCGUGGUGAUUCACGAGGCCGGCGGGCCCGAAGUCCUCAAGAUCGAACAGCUCUCGAUCCCCACGCCCAAGGAGGACGAGGUCCUCAUCCACAUCAAAGCCUUUGGGCUCAAUCGCUCCGAGCUCUUCACUCGCCAGGGGUACAGUCCCGGCGUGAAGUUCCCUCGCGUGUUGGGGAUCGAGGCUGCCGGCGUCGUCGAAAAGUGCCCCGGCGGCAAAUUCAAGGUCGGCCAAAAGGUCGCCUCCGCGAUGGGGGGCAUGGGCCGCGAUUUCGACGGCGGAUACGCCGAGUACACCUGCGUCAAGGCGGACAACACGCAGGCGCUAGACACGGACCUGGACUGGGCCAUUGUGGGCGCCGUGCCAGAGAUGUUGCAGACGAGUUAUGGGUGUCUCUUCAAAGCCCUCAAACUCAGGAGCGAGGACCGUCUGCUCAUUCGAGGUGGGACGACCUCGAUUGGGUUGGCCGCGGCCGCCAUUGCGAAGAACCAUGGUUGCUUUGUUGCGGGCACAACGAGAAAUGCUGGAAAGGCCACGGCCGAAUUGAUGCACAAGAGUGGAAUCGAUCAGGUCUUCAUCGACGACGGGCACGUCGCCGAGCAGGUCAAAAACAACAAAUUCGACAAAGUCUUGGAGUUGGUAGGGACAACUACUCUAAGAGACUCCUUGCGGUGUGCCGUCGGAGGUGGAAUCGUCUGCAUGGCCGGCAUCGUUGGCAAGUACUCGACUGCUUUGUAUUUCGUUUUGAGUCGUGCUGAUGAUAAUCUCUCAGGGAAUAGUUGGACAAUGGAAAGCCUGUCUCCAAUGGAGCUCAUCCCCCAUACUGUCUGUUUGACUGUUUACUCUGGUGGUCCAGACGAAUUCAAAGAGACCCCCCUAAACGACUUGCUCAAGCAGAUCGAGAGAGGCACCUUGCCUAUCCAGAUUGGGAGAGUGUUCAAGUUGGACCAGAUUGUCGAGGCUCACGAUACCAUGGAGAAGAACCUUGCCCGCGGCAAGAUUGUCGUCUUGACGGAUUAGAGAAGGGCAAGGAAGUACAAAGGACGGGCACUCCUCGUGAUUGUGAUUCUCUAAUCAACCGCAUUGAGAAACGACGCUGGUCGCGGGACAUGACAUAGCAGAUUGCAAUCCAGAUAUGGAUAGAAUGACAUGCUCUUUUCCACA